AUGUCGCUCACUUAUUUGGUCGCGUUAUCGUGCCUUCUUCAUGUGGUGCCCGUCCUUUCCUCAGUGAACUCCAAUCGUGGAGUUACCGUCAUUCUUGACUCCUCGUUGAGCAAGAAUACCACUGGAACGCGUGAACGGGUCCUUGCCAUCAUCCGAAGAAGCGUUCCGCGUGAAACCGAGGCUCCAGCUAUACAGGGAAUCUACGAGGACAGAGGGUACUCCAUCUUGUCCGCAUUUUGUCGUGCGUUAGCUGUGGAGCGUGCAGCUGUCGUUGGAAGCCUACCGCUGCGCGCAGCGUCCUUGUUCGAGUCCCUAACUGGUGCAUUUAAUUUUCCCUACAUAACUUGGGAUGCAAUUACACUGAGUUUUGAACCACCGGCUAGCAGUCCACGUGACUGCAAAAUGUUCUCGGUACGCCCCGAUGUCACCCAGGCGUUAGUUGAUUUUCUUGUCACCUGGAACUGGAAGACAUUUGCGUACCUCUAUGGUUCGGCAAAUGCAUUCAAGAGGCUUCAGUACAUUAGCCAAAGGGUGGCCCCUCAACAAGUCCAAGGCGAUAAUGAUCGCACUCUGCCCCUCAUGACUAGUGGCUAUGUUGGUGUCGAGGAUCCUGAAGUUAUUCACAAGACUCUCAAAGCUGUCGACACAUUCUUGUCGACGAAGGCCGAGAGGAAUGUGAUAAUCGACAUAGGACGGUCUGUGAUGGAUCAAGGGAGAUCUGGAAGGGAUCGUCUAGAGACGAUAUUUAUGUGGCUCAGCCGUAUGGGGAUGAUGCGGACAGAGUACAACUACCUCUUGGUUGAUUUCAACAUUUUUGAGCUUUCGCUGGACGACUACCAACGCGGUGGAGUCAAUGUCACUGGCUUUCACUUCCUCGAUUACCAAAACGAUGCGGUUCGAAAGUUUGCAGCCAGAUGGAAUGACUCUAAGCUACCCUUACAUGACAUCGCCUUUAUGAUGGACGCCUUAGAAGUCGCAUGGGGACUCAAGAAGGCCACCGAUAGAGGUCUCUGGAAUAACAGGGAUGCUGAUGCCAAGUCAACCUGCUUCACUUCCUCUGGUGCUUUGGUCUCGGAGCCUUCGAUUCAACGCUGGCAGCCUGGUGAUCGGAUCAAGUCGUGGCUAACGCAAACUGACAUCAGUGGACAGACAGGGCUUGUUCGGCUUGAUCGCCAGACGUGUCAACGAACUGACUACAACUUGUUGCUGUCGUCGGCAUUCGGGAAAUUGCCGGACCGCAUUAUCGCUAAGUGGAGUCGGCAUUCGAGCUGGGUACUGCCGACCCAAUCCACCAAUCCCGGUUUCUUUCAUCUCAAUGUCUUCCCCACGCUCAAAGAAAAGAUCGCCGAAUCCGUCAAUUACAACAACCUGCUCGAGAUAUUCCGCCUGCAGAACAGGACGCUUCGGGUAGUCAGUGUGCUCUCCAAACCCUUCAUCAUGUACGCGAAUCCUGAGGUAGUUGGGGCCACAUCCGGACGCCACAACUUCGUCGGAUACUGCAAAGACCUUGCCGAUCACAUAUUCGCGCGACUUAAUCUCAACUAUGAAAUCCACCUCGUCAAGGACGGGAAAUUCGGCACCAUUGAUCCAGCUACCGGUGAAUGGAAUGGCAUGGUUGGUGAGGUACUGCGCGACGAGGCCGAUCUGAUCAUCGCGCCGCUCACGAUGAAUAUUAUUCGUGCCACGUUCAUCGAUUUUUCCGAGCCAUUCAUGAAUUUCGGCUUGUCUCUGAUGCUCCGUAAACCCGGGAAAACUAAACCGGGCAUGUUUAGCUUUCUCUCGCCUCUAACAAACGCGGUGUGGCUUCGAAUGGCUGGAGCUACAAUAGUUGUUGGUCUGGGGCUUCGUUUGAUAGCGGCCAUUUCACCCAAAGAACGCUCUCCAGCUGACCCCAGCCUCGGCUUCAACCUCGGGAACUGCAUGUGGUUCUCGGUGGCGUCUUUUGUGCACCAAGGCAUCGACAUCUUUCCCGUUUCCCCAGGCGCACGCGUGUUUGCUAGCAUCUGGCGCUACGUCUGCCUCGUUGUGAUGGCCUACUACACCGCCAACUUGGCAGCUGCCCUCUCCGUUGAGCGUCUUAUUUCACCCAUAAAUUCCAUCAAAGACUUCGCGGAACGCGACGAUCUGCCCAUUCAGAUUGGAACCCUAGACUCUGGGGCCACUAAAGACUUCUUCGCACACGCCGAAGGCUCAUUCUUUAAGACCAUCUACCAGAAGAUGGAGCGUGACCCGUCCGUGUACGUGCCGACGAUGGCUGCGGGAUUCGAACGCGUGCGCACCAAGCCCUACGCGUUUGUUGCGGAGUCGAAGAUGAUCGAGUACAUCAAUCACCGCCAGCCAUGCGACACGAUGAUGGUCGGCAAUACCUUCGGGAGUAAGGCCUACGCUGUAGGGCUUCCCUCGAACAGACCGGAGAUGCGCAUCCUCAAGGAGCACGUGACUGACGCCAUUCUACGCCUACGAGAGAACCAGGUGCUCGCCAAACUCUACAAGGAGUGGUGGGUUGAGAAGGGCGAAUGUGUGGAGGGAGGAGAGCAGCAAACCAGUGAGCCCCUCGCUCUGAUAAAUCUCUCGGGGGUUUUCUACAUCCUCAUUGUGGGGAUGGUUCUCUCUGUGACAAUCGGUGUCAUUGUUUUCAUCUACCAACUGCACAACAGCAAGAAACGAGCAAUUUCCUAG